AUGAUCUUUCCAGCGACCGCCAUCGAACCAUGGCAAUACACCAAGUCGCCCUCGUCCUGGCUCCCAGUCGACCGGUUCCGAAAGCAAAACCUAUCGAGUUCUCUCAAACGAACCCUCGAUCGAGUCAAUGUCCUAGGUGAUGAGGAGCAAAACUAUGGACACUCUGGAUGCGUGAAUGCAGUUAGCUGGGCAGAAAACGGCAAUCUCCUUCUUACCGGAGGGGACGACACAACAGUACGGCUUUGGCGUGUGGAUACGUCCGAUUUGAAGCAAGAAUAUCCAUACGUCUGCAGAUCUGUCAUUGCCACGGGGCAUCGGGCCAAUAUAUUCAAUGUGCAGAUGCUCCCAUACUCGAAUCGAAUCGUCAGUUGCGCUGGAGAUAAACAGAUACGCGUGUUCGAUGCGACAACCCCUUCCGCGGUCAGGGAUGGAAUGGAAACGGAGUUCAGCGCUCGUCAAGCCGGCGUUAGGAUUAUACGAUGCCAUUCAGAUCGAGUGAAGAAGCUGGUAACUGAAGAAAGUCCCGACGUGUUUCUCUCACUCUCCGAGGAUGGCUCCGUACGUCAACACGACCUUCGAACACCACACCAAUGUCGAGAGUCUUGUCCUGCCCCCCUUUUACACAUGCCACACGAGCUUUCGACGAUCUCCAUGUCGCCGGUGACUCCAUACCAAUUCGUGGUAGCCGGAGAAUCACGAUAUGGCUAUCUCUUCGACCGCCGACAUAUUGGUCGAGUUCUCCAGGAGGAAUGGGGGGCGGUCCCCAAUAUCGGAGAGGAUGUUACGACCUGCGUCAGAAAGUUUGGACGUCAUCCCCAGUCUCCGAAGGCGCGCAAGGAAGGCAGGAGGGAUCAUAUCACUGGGUGCAGGAUCUCACCUACGAAUGGACACGAGGUCCUUCUUACUUACAGUUCAGACAAGGUCUACCUCUUCUCCACUAAAGAUGAAGCACAUACCAAAGAGGACCUCGCGUCGAUGGCAGCUGCCGUAUUGCCUCCCAAUUCAGAGGAAUCAAGGACGAGGAAGAAGCGCAGGACGAGUUCUCCACCAACUGGUUCCGCGGACGAGCCGUCCAAUGCUGGUGACAGUAUGGAUGUGGACGACGACCGUGAAGAAGAUGACGCCGACCACGAAGAGGUGGACGACGAUGAGGAUGGGGAGGAGGAGGAGGAUGAAAUGUCCAGGUUCCUGAACUAUCUUCGUCGCGAAGAUAAGCUCAAUGAUGGAUUCAUGUCGGACGUCCCUGUUGUUUUGCCCCGCGCUUCGUACGCUGGUGCACGCAACGUGGACACGGUCAAAGAUGUGAACUUUUUGGGUCCGUACGACGAGCAUGUCGUGUCUGGGUCUGACGACGGAAACUGGUUCAUGUGGGACAAGGUGUCAGGUAAAUUAGUGGGUAUCUACGAAGGAGAUGAAACUGUAGUCAACGUUGUGGAAGCACACCCGCAUUUGCCAGUGGUAGCAGUUAGCGGCAUUGACAAAUCGAUCAAGCUAUUUGCUCCUGCCAGAGGCAAGAGUCAGUUUUCGAGAGUUGACCACGCAGACGCGAUCAUUGAGGAGAAUGCGCGACUGAGCAGAAGGAGCUUCAUCGCGUACAACCUAUCUUCGAGACUCUUCAGUAGACUUGGAGCACUCAGCGGUGAACUUGGUGGGGAAGGCUCCAACCCCGUCAUUGAGUGCGGCACCCAAUAA